AAGGUUUACAUAAUGAAGAGGUCGAUGAGGGAGGAUAUUUUAUGUCCAUCGCAAAAGAUUGAGAAGAUGGUAUUUUCCUGAUGACAUUGGGCAGUUUCGUGGAUUACUGUGAUUUGCAAAAGCUUAUCAAGAAGGUUCAGAACCUUCUGUUUAUUUAAAUCAGGGAUGCGAACGCUGCAUUUCUACGGAUGCUUGCCACAUUUAAGUCAGGAAAAGAUGAAUAGAACAGAAUCGAGGCAGCAGUAAGAUCCGUAUAUUCCUGGCGAUCUAUUUUUGAACGCGUCGGACCUUAAGAUCUAUAGUCAUCAAAUUUUGAUAACCUGUGCCCAGUUCGCAACUGUCCAGCCUUAUCCAUAGUUCACCGCUUCUAUUUUCAGAUAUCAAAUCGACAAAUAUGAGUCAGAAUCUGUUGUUGGAUUACUGUGUGAACGAUACUUGAGAAAACAAAAAAAAAAUCUUUCAGUGACGGUGCGCGCUAAAUCUCGAAUAAGUGAUUGUAAAUUAUUAGCAAUACGAUAGUUUUUAGAAUUGGGUCAAUCAGUAGUGUUAAUUGAAUGCUGCAGUAACGUAAAGUGUCUUAGCAUUUGGAAUCGAAAGUGUCUUAUACAUACCUUUGAUAGGUGUUAUCAGCUUGUAGUAGAAGUACCUAGUAGAAAGAAGCAUUGUGUUUUUUGUUGGUGAUGCGUUUGAAUUAUCUGAACGACCGAAUAACAGCUACAGGCCAGCAGAAUCGAAUCAGCCAAAUGGAUUAACCUUAGCCGUUAAUUUUUACUCGUUUAACCCUCGUGCAAUCUGGUAUUCACUCGACAAAUUAGAAGCGCACGAUGGCCAACUACUUCAUCUGUUUGGUGAUUCAAAGAUUGAUACUACCGUUGAUUCUGGCAAUAUGUUGCCUGAUGAGACCGGUGGGACUGUCCCUUCCCUAUCUGCUCUUCCUUUUCGGACUACCGUUUGUGCCAGUUGCCACGCCAAGGAGUAUCAAAGGCUCCACUGGAAUCUAUUUCAAACUGUAUAUUGUGAUCAGCAUAUUGCUGCUAGUGAGCCAGAUAGCCUUCCAGAUAGUGUUCUUAGCGCUCGGUUACGAGCUGAUCGAACCAUGUAAAUUUUUAGAGGUCUUGCUUCGCCACAUAGGGCUGGUGAGGUUCCAGGAUCUGGACGCGGCCAUGGUGGUGUAUUGGAUUUCGCCGGAGAUCAUCAUGAGUUUGGCUGCCGUCGUGGUGUACAUAGUGCUCAGGAGGUUGGUCGAGAGCGUUCCGGAUGCAGAUCAGGCACCCACGUCGCCCACCUCGCUGGAAGCACCGGAUGUGCUGCCAAUGCAUUGUGAUGCGUUCCCGAUAAGUCGAGAGAAAUUGGCAUUCCUAACGAAGCUAGGAGUGCUUUUGAGCGUUGGAAUGCUUUGCGUGGCAGCCGUUUUGCAGCCAUCCGUGCCCAGUGGAAUAUAUUUUGUAAUAUUUUUGGGCUCGGCCACAUGGUGGGCAUGCUACAAAGAGCUAGAUAGAGCAUUCGGUGUAGUUUUAAGGAUAACUUUGGCAUUUUUGAUUGUACAUAUAACGGGGCUGCUGGCGUAUCAAAACCCGUGGCCUCAACAGCUGCUUCCGCAAAACGACACUAUCGCUAGGAUACUUGCACUGACGCCCAUUUUGUCCUCGGCGUGUGAUAACGUAUCAGACAUUCGAUACGUCAACUUCGAUAGCGAACUUGGAUCUGAUUUCUACCUCAAUCCGGUUGUUCUAAUGAUCUGUUACUAUUGUAUAUCGAUAACUUCAUCGCUACUUAUGAAACCAAGAAUGACGGAGCAUGAACGCAAACAGCAGGAGCUUUUCUACAAUCUGGAAUCAGGCGUUCGGCUGCAGCGCCAGAUUUCGUUUCGCAUGCAACGCCGGAAUAUACUUCGAAAAACGCUCACCAGCGACCGCUGGCGUGGAGCAGCACGCAAAGUAAAACUGAUGCGUGGCGGAACUCGAAGGGUGCGAGAUGCUUCCGCAUCCGAUGCGCAAAAUGCAAUCCCACAAGACUCGAUCGCGAUGCAUGCCAUCGGUCGUAAAAAAUUUUCAGAAGAGGAUGAUUCGUCCAGCUUUUUUGAGCAGAUCAUGCUGGCCACCGGGAAUGUUGCCAACUUCAUCUACAAAAACAGCUACAUAUUCACCAAUGUCAUAAUGAUGACUUGGAGCAUCAUGUACCACAGCUGGUUAACAUUCGUGCUCUUGAUCUGGGCCAACCUCAUUUGGAUCAUGCCAAACCAACGGAAGAACAUGUUGAAUUCCAGUCCAUUCCUAGUCAUUUACGCCGAACUGUUACUGCUGGCUCAGUACGUUUACGGAAUGAAACUCACCGACGAUGAGCUGCCGUCCUCCGUUAAUAUCACCGGAAUAAAUCUGGCCCAAAUUGGGUUCAUCAAGUAUCGCGACUACCCGUGUCUACCGCUGCUUAUCAAAUCCUCGUUCACAACCAUGUUCUGGAUCUCGCUGCGGCAGAUGAUCCAGGAGAAGCAGAUGGAGCGGCGUACCUCCACGAUAGCGGACAUGGCGGCCCCGUUGCAGGUGACGGUUGGAGCUGCGACGGCAGCUGGUUCCGGCCCCGGGCGGCCACUGGAGAAAAAGUCCUCCGCUUUUAUCACCCGAACCGGAACUUUGAUCAAUUCGUUUUUGAUCAAAUUUUGGAUUUGGGUGGUGGCCAUUACGCUGUUUUUGUCCGGUAUGACCGGGGUACGCAUGACUGGAUUCCGGAUCGUUUACAUGGCCCUGUUCCUCAUCUUCGUCCUCACAUUCCAGUUCUCAUUCAAAGUCUGGCGCAAGAUGAUGUACGCAUUCUGGCUGACCGUCAUCGUGUACUCCAUGUCCAUCCUAGUGUUAGUCUAUACCUACCAGUUCGAUCAGUUCCCUCUCUAUUGGAGGGAAUAUCUCAAGAUUUCCGAUACAUUACAAAAAGAUAUCGGUCUGGAGCUAUACGAAACGAAGCAACUUUUCCUGCAUCUCCUCAAUCCAACCAUGAUAGUCAUCAUCACCGUGAUUCAGCUUCACUAUUGUCAUAAGAAAUUCCUCGAAAUCUCAGAAAUACCAGUUAUUCAAGAAAGCGACAUCCCAGUGAUAUCGGAAACCAGUUCAGCGUACGGUACAUUUUCCAAGCGGAAAAAGCAUAGCAGUGCAACGGAUGCUCCACCCUUGGAAAGGGAUCCCGAAAACUCGGAGGAAACGUCCCGGUUGAAAGGAUCCAAUAAGGAAGAAAUCCAGGAGAGAGUGAUCGCGGACAACACUUCGGAAAUUCUCGAGGAUCUGCGUUUCCGGAAGCUUUCGAAGCAAGAAAUCAAGGGUGUAGCUCAGAAGAUGUUUAACAUCGUAUCCAAACUGGCGGAGCUGUUUUGGUUGUUUGCCGAAAUUCAUUUGCUGAAGAUCAUCCUCAUCGUAGCGUUCUCACUGAGCGUGGAAACGAUAAGUUUUAUACAUCUGAUGUAUGUGCUCAUGACGGUAUUCGCGGUGAAAUCUCAUACCGGUUCGUUGGUUCUCAUUACGCGAAUAAUGUCGCUCAUUUCUGCGAUUUUGCUCAUUACCACUAUGAUCUAUCAAGUGGAUUAUAUCAAUGAAUCGAACUAUGAGAGCACGUGUCCCAACAUCGACGUCAACGAGACCCAUUGGGAUAUGAAUAAUGCCAAGUGGUUUGGAUUCCAGAAAACCUCGGGGGUUAACAGCUUAGCGGAUCUUUUGCGACCUUAUCUGAUCUACAUCAUAGUGGUUACGAUCCAUGCGGUUGUCGUGCUGCGUCAAACCAUUCGACGGCUACGACUUGGACAAUCACCGAGAACUCCGCAUCUGAUGUUCCCAAAUAUCACCCGGGCGGAUGCGGACAAGGACAUCCCCCGUAUGAUCAAGUACCUGUUCAACUAUGGUUACUAUAAAUUCGGUGUAGAAAUCUCACUAGUAGCUUUGAUUAUCGUGACGGCGUGGAGGAUGGACAUCUUUUCCUGUUUCUACGCAAUUUGGAUAUGUUUCUUGUUUCAUAUGACGAGGGAAGGGUUGCGUAGGAUAUGGCGUGUCAUAACCUGGUUUGUUGUGGUGAUAAUCCCCUUCCAAUACGUGAUCUUUAUUGGGCUGCCUCCAAUCCUUUGUGUUGAUUAUCCAUGGGAUAUCGCCUUCUUAGACAGGUUCAGAAAAUGGGCCAUGCUUCCGGAGAAUACGGCUGAGUUUCGGGAGCAAGCUUCGAAAAUGGUAGCCGAUUUCCUGCUACUGAUGUUUUUGUGUCGUCAGACAUUGGUCUUCCGGAUCGAGAUGAGGUACGCAUCUUGUCCGGAUGACUUUGGCGGUGGCAGUAAUAAAUCUGCCUUGGAAGAUAUCGACAAACUUGGGACGGUUCCGUUUAUCAAUCCUACUCCCGAUUUCAUAGCCAAAGUUCGGAACUGGCUGGAUGUGGUAAAGCGAGGAGUUUUCCUCGUGUUUUUCUGGUUCACUCUGGCAAUUGUGUUUUGGACCGGCUCCAGUCGAGUGACCCUUUUUUCGAUAGGAUAUCUGAUAGGGGCUUUCACAUUUUUGUGGCAAGGAACCGAUUUCUACCUGAGACCGAUUAAGUCUAUUCUGAAAACAUGGAAUGUUCUUAUCGCUUACAAUGUAUUCGUUAUAACAACGAAAACAUUGCUGCAGCUAGUUGGUUGCCUGUAUCUGCAGCAACUCACCGAGAGUACCUGUUGGUUGGUUCAGCUACUAGGGAUCUCUUGUCUAUCGGCAAGGGAAAAUGGAGAUGUGAUACCGGAUCCGGUUCAACCACCGGCACCGGAUCUUUCCCAGUGCAACGUCCCUUAUGAUGAUUCUGGCUUGUUCUGGGACGGAGUGUGUUUUGCCUUUUUGCUUUUGCAACGUCGGAUUUUCGCUAGUCAUUAUUUCUGCCACAUUAUCAACGAAACGAAAGCGAGCACAAUUUUAGCUUCGAGAGGGGCAGAGCUUAUCGAAGAACUUCGUAUUAAGGAGGUCAAACUAGAGGCCGAGCGAGAGAGUCAGAUUUUGCAGAAAAUCAAAAUGAAGAUGGAUCGUAUCAAGGCUACCCAGCAGAAAAUUUUGGAACCAGUUCAUGAACCAAGCACUCAUGCUAAAGAUACCCCUCGAAGACCGAGUCUGUGGCGCCGAAUUUCGGAGAACAGAGCAGCUGCGAUUCGUUCCGGUGAUUAUUACAUGUUCGAGGAUACCGAGCAUGAGUUCGAGCUGGAUCUGAUGCAACCACGGGAUUCGGACGAAGAAUUCGACAAGAAAAGUUCGGCGGAACGACGCUUGAGCAGACGGCAUCUAACACUAGGAAAGUUGAUAGCUAAGAUCAAGGAAACCAACGAACUGGACCCGGACCAGGAUCCAACGGAAGAAGCGGGUGAGUUUUCGUCUCCUACGACCGAAAGCGGCCUGGCCCGCUCAUAUCCGCCGAGGUGCAGCUCUUCGCCUGGAAUGCUUCGACGCGCCUCAUUCAAUCGCGAUCACGACGACCGUUCCGAUCCGGAAGCAACCUCUACCCGGACCGGUAUCGUAGUGGCUCCGGACCGUUCUGCCAUCUCCGAACCACUUCCACCACGUCACACUCAUUUCGAUUCUGGAGGUAACAAAAGAAAACCUGCGGAAGACACCGACCAAGCGGAUGGCCAGAAGCCUAGCACCAGCAAGAAGCAACCGCGUGCACAAUCUUCCACCGAUGAGGAAGCUCGGCUGAUCAGCGAUGACGACGAAGAAGAGCACGAAACCGAAGAACAGGAAGAGGAGGAGGAACCCAAGAAAUCCAAACUAUCCUUCUCCGGUUUGAAUCUGGUGACAGCUUUCUUGGCGGGAGCUCUUGGAUCGCUUACACUGCGUCUUCAUCGGGUUUCCCGCAGCUACCGAUACGUUAUGAAAGUGUUGGCCAAAGAGAAGAAAAUUUUGAAGGAAACACCUGGAUUUGGAGCAGGGAUGCGAACCGGGUCUAGUAUGGUAUGGACACCGAUUCAAGGCUCUCUACGAUCGGGAAGUGUGCAUUCAGGUUCUCGUUCUGGUGCUAGUACAAUUAGUUUAAGGUCCCGCGCUGGAACCCCAAUCCCCAGUAGAAUAGCCCUGUCCCGUAGUUCGAUUCACAGUAGUAGAGCUUCACUGCCUCAUCCGGUAGUAGCUGCCUUGGCCGGACAACAACAGGCACAGCAAUCGGUGCCAUCACCGGUGCCGAAACGACAUUUGCCCCAUCAACCAGAACACGCUCAUGAACCAGAACAGUCGCCGCAACAUCCGUUACCACUACACAAACAAUCAUCCCAAUCGUCGCUGACCUAUUCGCCCAAAAUUGGCGGCAUCACUAGCACCACCACCACACGUAGUCAAGAACAGACUUCAUCACAAGCCGAAACUCAUAUCGAGCAGUACAUCCCGGAACAAGGCCGGCUUCAUCAGGUCAGUGGUUUGGGUGCGGCUCUUGCAGUAAUGGCCCACAAGGAGCGUCAGGCUAAACAAGACAAAUCAACGGAAACCGUGGAGACUAUCGACAAACAGCUCGAAGAGGACGACUCCGAGGAAGAUUUCGUUAGCAAAGAACAUUCGGUUAUAGUGGAGUUUUUGCAAGCAUCCUGGUACGCAAUUCUCUCACAUACGGAUUUCAUUUGCUAUUUUUUGGUGUUUUUGAAUCAGAUUAAAUCGGCUAGUCUAUUUUCGCUACCACUUCCUCUGAUGGUAACUCUAUGGGGGACGCUAACAUUCCCUAGGCCUUCGAAAAACUUCUGGGUAACGCUGAUAGCUUAUACCCAAACGGUGGUCCUACUGAAGUGCAUCUGUCAGUUCGAAAUGCUACCGUGGAAUCAAAAUCCGAUUCCCCCGAAUCAACCCUUCAGUCCGGCACGGCUGAUCGGUAUUGAGCACAAGAAAGGUUACGCCACCUACGAUUUAGCAUUGCUUUUAGUGCUGUUCUGUCACCGAUUCAUUCUUAAAUCCCUGGGACUAUGGAAGUCCGAGUUUGUCGACGAAACAGAACUUUCCGAGGGUUUGUAUCGAUUGGACACGGCGGAUGAGAAUGUGAAGAAACUGCUGAAGGAGUCGGAAGAGAUCAACAAAGAGCAAGAUGCAGUCGUUAUUCGGCGGGACGAUGGAACCGAGCUAAAUAUGGUUAAGGUAGAGGAAGGGGCGGAUCAAACGCCACUGCAAGACGAUACCGAGAACGGAAGUGCCUUAGUUUGUGUGACGCAUCAUUCGGAGGAUCCGGGCGAUUAUUUCCCGCAGAUCGUCAAACAUUCGUUCCAGAAGUAUGCCUCCUCGGUGAAGGCAUUCUUCGAUCAGCUGCUGGAUCGACAAUCGCGCAAGACGGCCGAUGUGUAUGGGUAUUUGUUCCUGUGCGAUUUCAUCAACUUCUUCGUGAUUCUUUUCGGAUUUUCCGCAUUCGGGACGCAAGAAGGAGACGGAGGCGUCCUGUCAUACUUCGAGGAAAAUAAAGUGCCAAUGACUUUUCUACUUAUGCUAAUAAUCCAGUUCUUCCUGAUAGUGGUCGAUCGGGCACUGUACCUGCGAAAGUACAUGAUCGGAAAGAUUUUGUUCCAAUUCUUCCUGAUCAUCGGGUUGCAUAUCUGGAUGUUCUUCGUGCUGCCCUGGACCACGGAGAGGAGCUUCAACGCAACGAAUCCACCGAUAUAUUACUAUUUGAUCAAAUGUUUCUAUCUUCUGUUUUCGGCUUAUCAGAUUCGUUGCGGCUAUCCGGCACGGAUUUUGGGGAAUUUUGUUACCAAAGGAUUUACCAUGAUCAAUUUCACCGGUUUCAAGAUAUUCAUGUCCAUUCCGUUCCUGUUUGAAUUGCGUACUUUAAUGGAUUGGAUAUGGACCGAUACAUCUAUGACGUUGUUCGAUUGGCUCAAAAUGGAAGACAUAUUUACGAACGUUUAUCAGCUUAAAUGUAUGCGGCAGCUAGAGGAAGAUCUUCCGGCACCUCGGGGACAGAAGAAAGGCGCUCUUGUUAAAUAUUUAAUGGGUGGAGGACUGAUGUUAGGCGUGAUUUUGCUUAUUUGGUUUCCUCUGGCACUAUUUGCAUUUAGUAACGCUGUUGGAGAACCGAAUCUACCCUACGACGUAUCCGUUUCGCUUCGAAUAGGACCUUACGAGCCGGUUUACGUAAUGUCUGCCCAAGAUAGCAACAUUCACGGACUGAACGCUGAACAGUGGGCCAAAUUUAUGGUUCCCUACGCCAAGGAUAAGAGUGCUCUAACUUUGUUGUCCAACUACGAACAAGUCGAUGUAGCGGCUGUAAAACUUGGGGCUAAUUCUACAUCCAUAUGGAACAUUUCACCGCCCGAUAGGGCCCGACUAUUGAACGACCUUAACACAACGUCAACGUUAACGUGUCGUUUCCGUUACACCAUAAGUCGAAAGUCACAUUCCAAAGAAAAUCCUGGCACGGUGUCCGAGGAAAAAGCCUACGAACUUGGUCCAAACGAUCCAGUCCGUCCGGUUUUGGUACAGAUGCUGUCCAGUGACACCAACAUAUCGGUCUCGUUGCCGUACAUGAUGCCAAAAUUUUUAAAAGUUAAAAACAGUGGCAACGUCAAGCCGAUCCAUCAGUUGAUACCAACCGCUGAUACCGAUGAGAGCGAACGAAACUACCGGAACCUGACGUUACGGUUGUUCCAAACGCACUCGAACAACACGAUUCCCCUGUUCUGGUGGGAGGUCAAGGAAAACUGCAGUGAUCCCACGUAUGCCACAUUCGCCAACAUGCCAUAUGCCGACUGUUUAUCCCACCUGGUGAUGUACAUGUUCAACGAUAAAAUUUUCCCCAGUACCAUCAGCUCGAUUGCCGCUGGCGGAAUCAUCGGAAUCUACUCCUCUUUCAUCCUCUUGCUGUGGCGAAUGCUACGGUCCAGCAUCUUCUCCGGAGCGAGUUCCAAGAUCAUGUUCGAGGAUCUUCCGUACGUCGAUCGGGUGCUGCAGUUAUGUCUGGACAUCUAUCUGGUGCGGGAGUCGCUCGAGUUUACCCUGGAAGAGGACCUGUUCGCGAAGCUGAUAUUCCUGUACCGAUCGCCGGAAACCAUGAUCAAGUGGACCCGGCCCAAGAACGAGGAAGGGGACGACGAAACGGACACAAUGAGCUCAAGCUCCAAGUCGCGCAAAAAGAACGAUUAGUUUUCACGACGUUUUGCUGCUUGCUAGUUAUUACGCUAUUGAUGAUACUGGUGAUAUUACUUUGUAAGGCGAAAUAAUUAUUUAUUACAAACGAUCUGUGUAGAUGAAUACAUGGUUCUUUAGGAUGAAAAUUUGUUAAAGUUUGGCUUCUGCUUAGCGUUUUGGACAAAGAUAUUUUCCCUCGAUAUUGUAAAAUUUCAUAUCGCUUAAUUUAUCUUUUCUUUUUUCUCAUAAAUCUCACUUCUGGAAUACAGCUUAUGCAAAUUGAUUUGUCACACAUUACGGAAAUUUGAAUAUCAAUCAUAAUUCGAAAUGCAUUUUAACUCUAGUCGAAGAAACAAAAACAAUUGUAUAUGAAGAAAGUCGGAAAAGUUUGUAUAAUUUGUUCGAAUCAUACUUAGGAUAAAAAAAUUUGAAGUAAUAUUUUGUGAAAAAGAUUGUUAACUUGUGAAUGAGCAAGUUCAAUCAGUUGAAAAUUUAUUUUUG